AAAUUACUCUGUUUGGCUCAGCUUGUUUUAAUAUGUCGUGUCUCACACAUGACAAACCUGCUGCAAACAAAGCACAGCACAGUGGCAAACUGACAGAAUUAUAGUAAAAUACAACUCCUUACUCAUCCCUUCACUCUCACUCUCUGUUACUUCUUCUCUAUCACUCUCCCACCUUCAAUUGACUACUGGCUCUCCCAACCAUGGAAGCUUUCAGCUUGCUCAAGUACUGGAAAGGAGCUAGUGCUCUGGCUCCCACACCUUCUUCCGUCACUGCAGACACCACCACCGCCAUCCUCGCCGCCGCAGCUCAAAAUGAUUACGAAACAACCGACGACGACGGCGAUGAUGGACCCUUCUUUGACUUAGAGUUUGAAGAAGAACAAGAUUCUGAAGAAGAUGCUCCUGAGAAUGAGAAUCCCAACGAUGAUGAAUCAGAGAGCGAGAGCGACUUCAACCUCACACUUUCUCCUUCAAGCAAUGACUGCACUGAAAACCCCAACCUUCUCCUCUCACCUUCCGACGAUCUCUUCUUCAAAGGAAAGCUUGUUCAGCUGGAGCCUCUCAACAACGCUUCCGAACCAAGCUCCAAACCUCACUUCACCGCCUCAUUGUUGAAAUCCGCCACUAAGUUCCGGGUUUUCAAGAAAUCCAAGCCAAAUCUUGCUGCUUCCGACCCUGUUCCUCGAAUUUCGAAGCACCCGGAAACAGAGCAUAAACAGAGGAAGCUCUUCACGGUGAAGUUCAAGGUUGAUGAAGCUCCCAUUGUGUCUCUCUUCACCAGAGAUAACAGUUCCAAAGUUAACAAGGCUUCCCAGAAGCAGAAGAAGCAGAACGCGGAAGAAUCAUCACCUUCCUCUGUUUCCGAUGAGAAACGUUUUUCAAAGGAAGCGAUGCAGAAGUAUUUGAAAAUGGUUAAGCCUCUCUACAUAAGGGUUUCUCGGAAGUACGCGGAGAAGCUAAGAUUUUCCGGGCAGCUCAACGUGCCGCCGCCUCCGCCGGAGAAGAAGACGGAAGCAGAGGCCUCUGAAAAGGGAGGGAACUGCGUGAAGAGUCAGAAACAGGGGACUCUGCCUCUGCAUGCAGGGCUGCGAGUUGUCUACAAGCAUCUGGGAAAGAGCCGUUCUGCUUCGGCAACAGCACCUGCUCCGGCGGCUGAUGCAGCCUCUUCACAGCGGCGAGAUGAUUCACUGCUGCAGCAGCACGACGGGAUUCAGAGUGCCAUUUUGCAUUGUAAGAGGUCCUUCAAUGCUUCCAGAGAAUGUGAAUCUUCUCUGAGCGAUCCAUUGCAUGAGGUAUCUCCUGCUUUAUCAAGAAAAUCUACCAAUGAAGGCAAAUGAGUUGUUUUAUGUGCAAAGGGAAAUUUUACUAUUUCGACUCAGUGUAGGAGCAUGCUACAUUUUGAAAGGGUGUGUAACUGUGUAUACUGUAAAAAGCUCUCCUUUCUGAGAAAGUGAAAGAAAAUUCAGAUCUUUCUGUCUAUGUAUCUGGGUAGCACCAUCUUUGAACCAACAACUUCUGUGAUCCUUAUGUAAAUAAUUAUUAAUUAGUAACUGCAUUAUUAGUGAAAUUAAAUGGGUUUAUU